AGACAACCGUCCUGACUCUGUCUGAUACGCCGUCGCCGACCCGAAUAAACCCUAGGCCACCAUAAAACCGCGCCGCCGGUCCGAACGGAUCGCACCCAGCAUCAUGGACUUCACGCAGCAGUACUUCUCGAACCCUCAGCCCUACCAGUACAUUGGCAUCUCUCCCCUGACUCCUUCCCACUCCAACUCAGCGGCAUCGGACGACUUUAAUCCCACAAACUCUCCGCCGGAUGGCUACGCCGACUACCCCGCCGACCAGCAUUUCAACGGCUUCGACCCCUAUGCUGUGCCUACCCCGUUCAAUGCCAAUUCAAAUCCCGCCGCCGCCAGCCAUGCCGCUAACCAUCCUGCCUUCCCGGGCCCUCCUACUCCCCCGAAUCACCAUCCUGCCGCCUCGACUCAUGCUCCUCAGCUGCACCAGCAGCAGCUGCACUCGCAGAAUGGCUUGAACGCCGUGUCCACCCCGGCCCAGUCCAUCAAGCCCCAUCCCGAACUCGCAGCUCACAAGCAAGAGUCUGGCGAUGAUCAGUCGCAUCGUCGUGGCGGCUCCAACUCGGAGGAUGAUGACCUGACGCCCGCUCAGUCUCGCCGCAAGGCUCAGAAUCGUGCUGCUCAACGGGCUUUCCGCGAACGCAAGGAGAAGCAUGUCAAGGAGUUGGAAGCCAAGCUAGCCGACCUGGAAGCCGCAGCCCAGCAGACCACCUCCGAGAACGAACGCCUGAAGCGGGAGAUGCAGAAGAUCGCUACCGAGAACGAGAUCCUACGUGCCACCUCCACCAUCAACGGCACCCGCUCGCUGUCCCCCGAGGCGCAUACCACGGGUCCGAUGCAGUAUAACCCCACCGACUUCUACUCAGACCUCCUCGCGCCGCAUACCAACAAGACCCCGAGCCAUCGCAUCGCCUUCUCCGAGGACGGCCAGCGUCUCCUGGCCGCCGGCGCCGCCUGGGACCUCAUUAUCAACCAUGAGCUGUUCAAGCAGGGGCUUGUCGAUGUGGGCGACGUCAGCGACCGACUCAAGCAUCAGGCGAAGUGCGACGGACAGGGACCCGUUUUCCCCGAAGGAGCCAUCCUCGCUGCCAUCCAGGAGAGUGUGUCUUGCGGGAGUGACGAGCUGCUAUGAAAGAAGAAGGAAAAGAAGAAAAAGAAAAUUGGAGAAAAAGGGGGACGUUCGAAAACAAAAGGAAGGAAGAAAGAAGAGGAAACACACAUCUUGCUUUGAUUUUGUCCGGAGAGGGCCACCAGCAACACGACAAGUUCAUCAGCCUUUCUUGAUCGAAUGCUACCGACCAACGCCCGUCUUCCUUUGGUUGUCUUUUAACUGUCACGGAGCACAUUGCGCAAUAUCCAUGAAGAAGUGGACCGAUACGAGCUGACGAUGGCAUUUAUGGGGGUUUUUUUUUUUUUUUUUUUUUU